GGCGGUUAUGUUAUGAAAAAACGUUAUGUUUUGCUAUAAUUAUGUCAAUGUUUCAAUAUUUCAAAGUUAGACAAGAAGAGGCAAAAUUUUAACUCAAACUUCGUGCAUAUAUAAAUAAGUUUGACAUCAAAGUCGAUUGAUUAUCAAAUUACACUUUCGCUGGAUUUUUUACAAUUUUUAUUUGGCUGGCUGAGGAUCGAAAUUUUGAUGUGAAAUCAGUAGCACUCACUGGCAGGAGAUGAGGCGGCAGAGGCGCUGCAUGGAGGUGUAUAACUUCGGUGAAACGAAAUUCAGUAGCCGAAGAUCUUGCUCAUGCACUCGAGCUCUAACUUUACCGUGUUUUGGACCUAGAACCUAAAACUUGUGUCGAUCCACAACGAACAUUUACAAUAAACAAUCUUGUACAAUAAACCGAUGUAUAAAUUUAAUAUCCAUUUCAAAAAAUUAUGUUUAGCAAAAUGCACGAUAAAAGUGGCUAGAAACAGGAAGAAAACCGAAUGUUUUGCCAAUACAAUGACUUCCGUAGAAGUUUGCCGGUGAUGACAUUGCACUGAAGAGCAACAUUUUCUCAUGAACCGCAGUAAUUCCAGAGGAAGUCCUCAAGAUGUCGCCUAGAACAGUCUCUUUCGGCUGCAUACUGAACCUGUUGAGAGGCGAUGGAGUGUUCCAGUUCACGUGGAUGGAGAUGCUGUUCAUUCCCCUGAUGUUGUUCUCGUACACGUUUGGCUACGCCGUGUCCGUCGUGAUUGUCGUGCAGAAGGAGAUCGUCGAGACGCCCACCGACCACCGCCAUCUAUACGCCGUACUGCUCGUGCUGGGGCACUUGACAGCUGGCAUCGUCAACGUGAACUUUCAUCUCCAAGAUGUUCGCCGCGGCUCAUCGACCCCCCAGUUGUUGCUGCAUUGCUGUCUCUGGCCCGUCUCACCUCUGAUCAGAUAUGCAAGAGCAACAAGGUUUGGGCUGCGGGAGAAAAAAGAUCCAGCGCAAGGAAUACGGUUCCUGGACGAGAGUGCAAAAGCAGGUUUGCUGCGCCUGUGUGACUCCCUCGUCUGCGACUUGCCCUUCCUGGUCCUGCUGAUGUGGGACGACCUCUGGGCCCAGCCAUUGGACUGGGUCAGCAUGGUGGGAGGUGAUCCAUCAUUGCCUCCACCUCCUCCCAUGAUGCGCUGGAAAAUAUUCCGGUUCCUUUUCCUGCUCUCCAAAGUCGCUCAAACCGUGGCUUUCUGCUCUGUGAUUUUGAAGCGUCAGUACCACCACCGUCACGCAGAACGAUACAAGCACGUAGCCUCUGCCGUCGCUCGGCAAGGCAGACUGAACUUCUUUGCAACGCUGCUGCUCUUCGCUUCCCAACUCACUUUUACGGCUUCUCGAGUGCUGGGUUAUUCAAUGGCAGUGACUGGCUGUGGCGCGUGGCUAUUGGCAAUAGUGGCUGUCAGGUGGCUGGCCCACGCCUUGUGGCACUCUGCGUCGGUCAAACCUCCCAAAACAACAAGCCUGACUAGUUCGUUGAUGCUUGGGGCGGUUUGGCUGCUUGGAUUAACUAACCCCUUCGGCGAGGCGCAGUUCAGAAGGUUCCUUCUCUACGCGACGCUCGCUUCAGCAGAGUCCGUCGUUUGCGUGAUCAUAUGGGCCCAGUCCCCUGUGUACCCACCCUUCCAUGACAAUGCGCCAUUCGUCCUGCUCGGGACGUUUUUGCUGUGGUUAGCCUUCCAUUGUACGCGGUACGCCUUCUGCCACGCCAGCCAGCCGAAGGCGCCGUCUUACCGACAACUCUCGUGCUGCUCCAAAACCCCUGAAGGCAUCACCGACGCCCUGCAGGUGCAGUUCUCCGGCACACAGGAGUGUGCAGCUCAAACUCAAGACCCCGAAGAAACCGUCCAGCUUUGCAAUGAUUCAAGCUGCCGAAUAGACAGUGAUGACCUAGAGGAUAUUGAUGAUCGCAGUGAUGAACACGAUGAUGCUUGCCAAAAUAAUUGCAAGUACUAAAUACAACCUGACCAGUGUUUGGGAGAGAACGUACAGAGGCUAAUUAAAAUGUACUGUUAUGUCUCCAGUCUUGAGUGUUCAAUGGUUAGAGGUGAGCAAGACCCCAAUAUUUCAGUGUGUAGGUGGUAGAGAUUUCUUGAGCGAGCUGUAUUUAUUUAUACAACGCUCCAUCUAUCAAUGACAUGAAUGUAUUUGAAUAAUUACAAUCACUAAAAGUUUCAAUCACUUUGCAGUAUUAGUAAACAGGAUGCUGAGGGAACUGUACCGGAUGCUGAGGAAUUGGUAUAAACUGUUUAUGCUGAAGAAACACCCCAAACUGCAUAAAUUUUUCAGAAAGCCCCGAAUUGAACAUUGGUUCAUGCACAAGUGUAUAUUGCCCAGUUGCUCGAUCUUGCGACGAGACGAUCUCGCGCCCAGAGGAGUGGAGGACAUCUCGAAACCACGCACGUAACCUUCCUAUAAUCUCUACUUCUUGCUAUAAGCCCAAUAUUAAACUUAUUUUCAAACUUAACAAAUACGAAAUAAGUGUAAUACGAUUUGACGUCAAAUUUGCAGACAAAAAUUACGUCUUCAUAGAAGUCUGACCAUUGACAACAUAUUCGAUGUGACCAUCUGUUGACACGCUCAAGUUAGUAAGUUGGCUGGCGGACAAACCUAUUUUCUAGCAUUACUCGUGCGAUACUGAGUGUAGGUGUGCUGAUUUAGCUUAUUAAAGUUAAUGGGCAGAAAUAAAGAUACAAUUGAUCGGUAAACGUUUAUGGUCACUAUAUAUAUUUAGUCCAAUUUUUGUCCACCUGAUUUUCGCAGGUCAGUGCGCUUAUAGAUAAUCGAAAAGAGCUAACAGUCUUGAGCGGACGAUGAUAUUGCUGCAGCAGAAGCUCCUUGAUCUGCUUACGUAUAGUGAAAUCACCGUAUUUAUCUGGCAAUUAUACUUUGUUAGUAGGUAAUUUUAUUACUUAACAUUAGUUAUUUUUCAUCAUUAUCAAAAAAUCUUUUUUGACUUAUUGAAUCUAAAACCUUCAAGAAGCAUCGUUGGAUACAUUCAGGUUUACCUCGCGCCAUUGGGUCAUACAUUACAGCGAUGUUCGUGAUGAGUUUACGACCGUCCCUGAGGGUGCGGUGUUACAGUGAGGUCCUCCAUACGAUAGGGUUAGAGAAAUAGUGCUAUUAAACUUUGGAAUUUUAUAAAUGCAAUUUUGUGAGAAAGGCUAAUUUCAUUUCACAAAAGAAAGAAAGAAAGGCUAAUUUCAUGAUAAGAUUUGUUAGCAUGUAAGACCUUGCCACUUCUAUAAAGUUAUAAAGUUUGUCACUGCUUCUGCAUAGCGUGGACGACGAAUUUAUUACCAAAAAUUAACAGAUAUCCGAUAUUUGCUUUGGGUCGUAGAAUCCUAAGAUCAGCGUUAAAAAAAGCAUUGUUCAUUUAAUUUUUUUCUGUUAAUAUUGAUUCGUUGAUGUCCUGUCCUGUUGAUAAUCAUUGAUAAGUGCUGGCAAAGGUGGCACUGAUAAAUAAGCGAAUGUCGUUCGCUUUAAUUAUGUGAGACACUUGGACGAGAAACCUGAUGCAAACUUUGAUGAAUGUUCUGGGUUAUUAAAUGUUUAAUAAAAUGUAAAUACUG